CCUGAAACCAGGGGGAGGAGAAGGCGGCUGGGGACACAGUAAAUUGCAAUAAACAUGCCAUUCCCCUCUCUGUGGAUUUUAACGUGAUGUGAAGUUUCAAUAAACUGGAUCUCCGGUAUUGUUCCAGUGGAAGUUUCUCUUCACUACAACGCGUGAAAACUUAUAAAGUUAACGUGUAUUUCUUGUACAGAAACCAUCGACACUACUUGCAUUUUGAAAUCAGCGCCGAUUAUUAAAAGAAUAUAUCGGAGGCUUCCAUGCAUUUUAAACUAGCCAGGAGAACACUUGCAACCUCGAAUUAUCAAAACCAAGUGAACUUUUAUUGAAAGGAUAUUCCCCAGACUGACUUUAUCUCGGAUUGUCUAGAGUAUAAAAUGCACUUACUGGAAUUAUCUCUUUUGCUGAUCUUUGCUAUAUUGCUCCAUAGAGACUCUGCUUUUGAAUCAGGUCAUGAUUACUAUGAUUAUGAACAAGAUCAAGCGGAUACAAAGGACUAUCCAGAACCAGAGCUAGAAGAACAGUUGCGGUCUGUAUCCAGUGUGGAUGAACUCAUGAAAAUAGUCUACCCAAAAUAUUGGAAUAUGUUAAGAUGUCAGUCAAAGAAAGGCGGACAUCUGCAAGACAGAGAAAAAGCUGCCUCCGACGCAAGGACUGAGGAACCCUUAGUAUUUGCAGCAGCAUUUUACAAUCUUGACAUUUUAAAAAGUAUUGAUACUGAGUGGAGAAAGACCCAGUGCAUGCCACGAGAGGUUUGUUUAGAUGUGGGAAAAGAGUUUGGGGCAGCAACAAACACCUUCUUUAAACCACCCUGCGUGUCUGUCUACAGAUGUGGGGGCUGCUGCAACAACGAAGGACUUCAGUGCAUGAACAUUAGUACAUCUUAUAUCAGUAAAACAUUGUUUGAAAUUACAGUACCACUGUCUCAGGGACCAAAACCAGUGACAGUGAGCUUUGCCAAUCAUACAUCUUGCCGCUGCUUGUCCAAACUGGAUGUUUAUAGACAUGUCCACUCAAUCAUUAGACGGUCUCUACCAGACUGUCAUGCUGCAAACAAGACCUGUCCUAAGAAUCACCUCUGGAAUAAUCACAUAUGUAGAUGUGUGAAGCAGCAUGACUUCACUUUUCCUUCCCAGUAUCCAGGAUCCUAUGCAUUUGAUGGAGUCAAUGAUAUUUGUGAACCAAAUAAAGAGCUAGAUGACGAGACUUGCCAGUGUGUCUGUAAGGGAGGCUUGAAGCCAUCCAGCUGUGGACCCAACAGAGUACUGGAUAGAGAUUCCUGCCAAUGUGUGUGCAGACUACUUCCAACAUCAUGUGGACCCAGUAAAGUUUUUGAUAAAGACACAUGCCAGUGUGUUUGUUCAAAAGUCUGCCCAAGAAAUCAGCCGCUGAAUCCUGAGAAAUGUACCUGUGAAUGUACAGAAUCACCAAAUAGAUGCUUUUUGAGAGGAAGAAGGUUUCAACACCAGACAUGCAGUUGCUACAGCCCACCUUGCGAAGGUCGAAGAAAGCGCUGCGAGGCAAGAUUUUACUUCAGUGAGGAGGUUUGCCGCUGUGUACCAACGUUCUGGAGAAGACCAGCAUACAUAGAUUAAAUAUAUCUGAAUAAUAAAUAUACCAAGAACAGUUAUAUGCAAAAUGACAUGUUGAAAUGUGCACUGCUUCAAUAUACCUGUGCACCAAAGAUCACCAAGGGCUAAGAGGACACAGGCACAUUGUGCAUUUCCAUUAACUUUGGCCUUCAAGUAGAGAACUUACAAAGGACUCAUAGUUCUCAGGCAGUGACCAAAUGGCCUAGGUUUUCCUUUUUUGUGAUUAUUUUUUUUCAGAUAAUGACUAUAAUUUAUUGCCACUAAAAAGUCUGCAGCAAUUUUGUUCAUAGCAAUUGCAAUAGUAAAAAAAAACACUGUGAUCAAUAUUUUUGUAUCAUGUGAAGUAUCUUUAAAAUAAAUAUAACGUUGUAUUGUA